AGAAGGCUGACGAUCAUGGCUGAGACUCAAAAUCUGCACAUCGCCAGGAGUGGGUGCACAGUACUGAGCAUCCAGGUCAGUCUAGCCCAGCUGCUGCCCUUUCCGGCACCAUCCAGAGAGGAUCCUGCUUGUCAGCCCCUCCUGCUCCAUGCCUGCUGCAGCAAGCCUCAGAGGACAGAUUCUGCAUCCCACAUGAACUACGACAAUCCUCCGCCUUACCCCGGCCCGGGCCCGACUGCCCCAUACCCCCCGUACGCCCAGCAGCCGGGCGCCCCCCCUGGGCCGUACCCCGGAUACCCCCCCGGGCCAGCGGGACCCUGCCAGCCCGGCCAGCCGGGUUACCAAGGUUAUCCCCAGUAUGGAUGGCAAAAUGCACCUCCACCGCCUGGACCAGUGUACGCAGAUGGGCCGAAAAACACAGUGUACGUCGUGGAAGAGCGUCGCAGGGACGACACAGGCGAGAGCGCGUGCCUGACGGCGUGCUGGACGGCGCUGUGCUGCUGCUGCCUCUGGGACAUGCUGACCUGAGCACCCCACUCCCGCCCUGCUGUGGGCCCCACUCCCGUCCCCACUGCUUCCGUUACUGCAAUCACCGCUCUGCUUUGCACAGCCAAGGGUUCCGUCUGUCAGUCCGAGCGCCUCGCGGGGUGGGGGGUGCUCCUUUAUUGUAGUAAAGGAAAAAAAAACAAAACGUUUUUAAUGUUUCUAAGACUUUUGUUGUAACUUUGACGAACGCUCUCAGGGCGUGUUUUAGCCUGAGGUGUUCUGAUGAAAUGUCUAUUUAUCAGUUGAGAUUUUCCUAGUCCCAGACAUGGAGACAUAUGCAAUAAUUAAAGCCAACAGUUGAUUUUC